AUGAUUUCUAAGGGAAUUGGUGCACUUAUACUAUCGCUGUCUUUGAACCUGGUUUACGGGACAGACUUUAUCAGAUAUGUCUAUCCAGCCUAUAAUAUAAAAAGUUACGGAGGUAAUGAAGUAAACUUCCCUCAUUCAUUGAGCAAUGAAGACAGUGAACACAACAGCAAUUCAAAAUCUGCAAGCAAUGAAUUCAAAGGGAACAGUGGACCAAGCGAUGAAAACAAUGAUGACUCUAAUUCAGCAAGUCAACAGGAAAAGGGACAAUACCCAAGAAGAUCAUCUUCUGAAGAAAAUCAACAGAAUGGUCACUCUAAUUCAGGCAGCCAACAGAUCAAGGGACAGUAUUCAAGGAGAUCAUCUUCUGAAGAAAAUCAACAGAAUAGCGAUGCUAAUUCUACCAGCGAUGAAAGUAAUGGCCACAAUUUAGAAGACAUUGUGGAGAACAAUAACUCAGAUUUUUCUUCCUCUUCUUCCUCCUCCUCCUCUUCUUCAGAAGAACAGUAUGGAGAGCCAGGUCCACCAGGUCCACCUGGAUUACCAGGACCAAUUGGUCCACCAGGAUACCCAGGAAAGCCAGGGUUUGGGCUGCCAGGUCAUCCUGGUAAGCCUGGACCACCCGGACCACAAGGACUAUCAGCUAUUGGAAAACCAGGUGGCCCAGGAGAACCAGGAAAGCCAGGGGUGCCAGGAUCUCCUGGCCGAAAAGGGGAUAAGGGAUCUCAGGGGAUGCAGGGGCCAAGGGGACCUCCAGGACCUAGUGGACCACCCGGACCAGCUGGGUUAUCUGUUAUUGGGAAACCAGGACCGAAAGGAUCACCAGGUCCUCCAGGAACACUUGGAUUUCCUGGAAGAAAAGGGGAUCCAGGAUACCCUGGUUUACCAGGGCCAAAAGGAGAUAAAGGGCUUGGAAGUCCAGGACGUCCUGGUGAUAAAGGUGCUCCAGGGCCCCGUGGUCCACAAGGACCACCUGGUCCAGAAGGUAAAGGACUCAAAGGACCCCCAGGUCACAAUGGUGAACCAGGACACAAAGGUGAAAAAGGAUCACCAGGGUCCCUUGGACAUCCAGGUAAACCAGGCCAAGAUGGUCCAUCAGGACCACCUGGUAAAGAUGGAAUUGGGAGGCCUGGAAUACAGGGACCACGAGGAGUUCCUGGGAUGAAGGGUCAUCCUGGUCUGCAAGGUUUGCCAGGUUCACCUGGGUUGCCAGGUGUCGGAAAGCCAGGCCUUCCAGGACUCAAAGGACACCCAGGUUCUCCUGGAUUGAUGGGAAAGCCUGGAGAUAAAGGAGAGAAAGGAUCGUCUGGAGAACCUGGACCACGCGGCCCUGCAGGACCACCUGGGUCACCAGGACCAAAAGGCCCAAAAGGUCCACCAGGUAAUGAUGGUGCACCAGGAGAGAAAGGUCAUCCAGGACUAAGGGGUCCAGAAGGGCCUUCUGGCUCAAAAGGUGAGCCAGGACCAAAAGGUGAGCAAGGAAAACCCGGGCCGCCAGGAAAGUCAGGAGCGGAGGGUAAAAAAGGAGCACCAGGUCCGUCUGGUGAAAAAGGUGAUAAAGGGCCUGUUGGGCCACGUGGCAAAGCAGGGAGUCCAGGUCCUCAAGGUCCUCAAGGGCCACAAGGGCCUCCAGGUAAACCUGGAGAGAAAGGGCAUCCUGGAUUACCUGGUUCAGUAGGUCUUACCGGGAGUCCAGGUUCUCCAGGACAUCCAGGAGUGAAAGGAGAUCCUGGGGUGCCAGGACCACCGGGUCCUCCAAGUAAAUUUAAUGCAAAAAUCAUAAAGGGGCCAAUUGGUCCACCUGGACCAAAAGGAGCAAUUGGUCCACCAGGCAUUCCAGGAGCCCCUGGUCCAGCAGGUCCACCAGGUGAAAUUAUUGUACCAAAAGGAAAAUAUGCAGGUUAUAGUGGUUACAUUGAUUCGGGUGGCAUGGUGAGUCCUGUUCCAGCAUUUACAGCCAUUCUUUCCCAGCCAUAUCCUCACAAAGGGCAACCAAUAGUGUUUGACAAGAUACUGACCAAUUCAAAUAACAACUAUGAUUCAUCAAAGGGAAUUUUCACAUGUGAAAUAUCUGGUAUCUACCAAUUUUUUUAUCAUGUACAUGUUAAGGAAGCAAAUGUUUGGGUGGCAUUAUAUAAAAAUGAUGAACCUGUAAUGUACACGUAUGAUGAAUAUACACCACAAUACGUUGACCACGCAUCAGGAACAGCUAUCUUACAUUUGGAUGAAAAUGACAAAGUAUAUGUGCAAUUACCUGCAGAAAAGUCUAAUGGUGUGUAUUCUUCUGAAUAUAUGUAUUCAUCAUUUUCUGGGUUGUUGAUAAUGUUUAUUGUUAUUGUCGGCUUUACUGGCUUUGUACAAGCGUACAUGGCACUGAUCUGUAGUCUUGACAGGUACAACUAUAACUUGCAUAUGAGAAAGAUCAAGAUUUACUCCAUUCCUGUUGCAGGGAUUGCUCUGUGGCUCUUUUCUUUCUUAAAAGAAAUGCUUUCUAGACUUGACUUGAGUCGCUUCAAUGGGAGUAAUUCAGACGGAGAUGAUUCCGACAGUUCUGAAGGAAUAUCAAGAGGGCCACGUGGGCCACGAGGUUACCCAGGUCCACCAGGGCCACAAGGUCCACCAGGGAAUCCAGGAAUCGGACUGAGAGGAGCUCCUGGCAGCCCCGGGCCACAAGGACCACCAGGACAGUCAUCUGCUGGGAAACCAGGUGCUCCAGGAGCAUCAGGAAAGCCAGGUGCAAAAGGAUCUCCUGGAGAGAAAGGUGACACAGGAGCUCCUGGGAAACCAGGAGAAAAAGGCAGUACAGGACCAAGAGGACCUCCUGGCCCAUCUGGUUUAUCAAUUCCUGGUAAACCAGGCUCGCAAGGGGCACCAGGUCAUCCAGGAUCACCAGGAGCACCUGGACUGAAAGGCAAGUCAGGAAGUCCAGGUCAACCAGGCCCAAAGGGAGAAAAGGGAUCUGGGGCUCCAGGGGAACCAGGCGAAACAGGGGCUCCAGGACCAAGAGGGCCACCAGGUCCAUCUGGAUCAAAAGGAAUCGGAAAAACCGGGCCUCCUGGUCCUCCUGGCAAACCAGGUUCCAAUGGGGAGAGAGGAGCACCUGGUUCACAAGGAAAGCCAGGAGCACAAGGCCAGAAAGGGCCACCAGGUCCACCUGGACAAUCAAGAAAUGGAUCCCCUGGACCUAAAGGAGAGCCGGGAUCUCCUGGACCAAAGGGCUCACAGGGUCAAAAAGGUUCGCCAGGAGCACCAGGAAUGCCAGGAACUGGUAAACCUGGAAAUCCAGGACCCAGAGGAGAGCGUGGCCCUGCAGGGUCAAAUGGUUAUCCUGGAGAAACUGGGAAAAAGGGAGAGCCAGGUCAACCUGGACCACAAGGGCCACGAGGACCACAAGGCUCACCAGGCCAGGAAGGUCCAAAAGGGAAUCCAGGGCAAAAUGGUGCACCAGGACCAAAAGGUAAUCCAGGGCCACCAGGUCCACAAGGGCUUCAAGGACCAAAGGGACAGCCAGGGCCAAAUGGUGCACCAGGAAAGUCAGGAUCUCCAGGACUUCCAGGUAGACCAGGCCCAGAGGGUCAACAAGGAAUUCCUGGUCAAAAGGGUGACCCAGGGCUAUCAGGAUCACCUGGUAAAUCAGGUAGCCCAGGUUCUCCUGGGUCACCUGGGUACCCUGGAAAAGACGGAAUGAGAGGGCCUGCUGGACCACAAGGUCCAAGAGGUCUACCUGGAUAUCAAGGAUCUCCUGGAAAUCCAGGCGAAAGAGGGGAACCUGGUCCUCCUGGUCCUCCAGGUAUGCCAGGUAAUUAUUAUGGAAAAAUAUCAGGCGAUGUGCCUGAUUCACCUGGACGGGAAGGACCUCCAGGUCCCCCAGGACGUCCUGGCCCACCAGGACCACCUGGAAAAGUGGUUGUGCAAUCAGAGAAGCAUAAAAUACCAGCAUUUACAGCCAUUCUCUCUCAUUCAUUUUCAUCAACAGAGCAACCAGUGGUGUUUGACAAAAUAUUAAUCAAUUCAAAUGAUAAUUAUGAUCCAUCAACUGGGAUUUUUACAUGCAAAAUACCUGGCAUCUAUCAAUUUUUUUAUCACAUACAUGUCAAGGGAGCGAGUGUUUGGGUUGGAUUAUAUAAAAAUGAAGAAGCCAUAAUGUAUACGUUCGAUGACUAUAAAAAAGAUUAUAUCGAUCAGGCCUCAGGAAGUGCUAUAAUAAGCUUACGUAAGAAAGACAAAGUUUACAUUAAGUUACCGUCAGAAGAAUUUAAUGGUUUGUAUUCAUCUGAAAAGAAAAGUUCUUCCUUCUCAGGGUACCUAAUUGUUCCAUCUUGAUUAUCAACUGAAGCAAGUGCAAGUCGAAAUGGAUGAUGGAACCAAAUAUAU